CAAAAUCCGUGGCAGAGACCUGACGGCCGGAGACACAUUCUCGCCCGCUUGCCUUCCUUCCACCACACACCGCCAUCAAUCCUACCACCAUCCACAUUCAACACCAUAUUUCUGCUGCCACCGGUGACGCGCAUCCCAAACAUCGCCGUCCCCAUUACUUGAGGACAAGCCUCCCAUAAUAAUUUUCUACACUUGCAACUUUAGCGUCGCCUAAUACACAACCGCCAAGAUGGGCAACACGCUCUCGAUAUUCGGAAAGCUCUUCGAUGGGCUCUUCGGCAAGAAGGAGAUGAGAAUUCUCAUGGUCGGUCUCGACGCUGCCGGAAAGACCACCAUUCUCUACAAGCUCAAGCUCGGUGAGGUCGUCACGACCAUCCCGACUAUCGGCUUCAACGUCGAAACCGUCGAGUACAAGAACAUUCAGUUCACCGUCUGGGAUGUCGGUGGUCAGGACAAGAUCAGGCCUCUGUGGAGACAUUACUUCCAGAACACCCAGGGUAUCAUUUUCGUAGUCGACAGCAACGAUCGCGACCGUGUUGUCGAGGCCCGCGAAGAACUCCAGCGCAUGCUCAACGAGGAUGAGCUCCGCGACGCCCUCCUGCUCGUCUUCGCCAACAAGCAGGAUCUUCCUAAUGCCAUGAACGCUGCCGAGAUCACGGAUAAGCUCGGCCUUUCCAGCUUGAGGCAACGCUCUUGGUACAUCCAAGCCACUUGCGCUACCACCGGUGAUGGUCUGUUCGAAGGUCUCGACUGGCUGUCGACUGAGUUGAAGAAGAAGAGCCCUUAAAGUGCUGGCUACACUUAAUGACAAUGCCCUUACUCUGCCCGGGUCCAAUAUCCACGCUCGGUUAAUUCCGCAAUACACGCCCUUUAGCAACCGAACGAACUCACCAAACAUGGUAACCAGUGGUUGACGACCGUCUCACAAUAAUCCGCGAGGCGGUUAAAAGGGGAUAGCCAGCACUCGUUUUGCACUUGUGAUCACUUUUUCGGAAAGUCAGGAACACGCUUGAUUCGGGAUCUUGUACAGUUUGAUACAUCGCAAGGAGACUUCGCCUGCUGCUUUCCCUAUAUUUGCGUACGUUUUAUGCUAAGGGGGGUACGGAUACGGUUGCGGAGAGGGGGGAAAUACUGGCAAGAUAUGAGUGUGAUGAUGGAUGGGGGAGGAGUCUUAUGAAUACCAAGCUGCCACUUAACUUACCUUUAUUCCCUUUUUUUCUUGUUUUUUUCUUCUUUUUCGUUAGAACCGCUCGGCGUCUAUUGUUUUCUGGCCUGCUCGCUCAUCAUCAACUCUUCAUAUGCUUCAGGUGAACCAACGUUUCGUACUCGAUAUGUGUGCUUUUCCAACUCUGUUAUUGUACCUGCUUCAUGGAAGUUUCAUCCGUAUGUCAAAAUUAGGCGAAAUAAACGCAUCAAGAUCUCUGUACAUAUGAAAAGGCGUAAUUCCUUCG